UAUAGCACUUCAAUAAAAGUAGAAUAAAUCAAAAUGGAUUCUGAAGAUUUUCAAUUAGCAGAAGAAUAUUUUGCAUUUGCUAUCGAAUUGGCAAAAAAGGUUGGCCCAAUGAUCCGGGAUGCUUUUUACUCGGAAAAAGAAAUAUUGACAAAAUCUUGCACAACAGAUCUUGUGACGGAGACUGCAUCAAAAUGUGGAAAAAACAAUUUUAGAAGCAAUAAAGAAUUUCCUUACCCUAAACCAUUUGAUUUCAUAGGCGAGAGUCUGUGCGCGGCGACUAAAAUUGUAUUAACGGACACUCCUACAUGGAUUGUAGAUCCUAUUGACGGAACAACUAAUUUCGUUCAUCGAUUUCCGUAUGUUGCUGAUGUAUUGGGUCGUCUGGAAAAAGAAAGUCUUUUUGGUGUAGUUUAUAACCCGAUUUUGAAUGAGAUGUUUACAGCAUUCAAAGGUAAAGGAGCUAAUUUGAACGAUAAAAAAUUAAAAGUUUCAGAAAGAACAGGAUUUGGGGAAAAGUAUGAUAAUGACUGAUGUGGUUCGAGUCAGAUCCAAAAGCACUUAGAUAAAAAUCUUAAAAACAUGCAAUCUGUUAUCAGUGCCCCUGUACAUGCUAUUCAUAGCCGAAGUGCAGCUUGCAAUAUUUGCAUGGUUGCCCGGGGAGCAGAGGCAUAUUAUGAAUUUGGCAUUCAUUGUUGGGAAUUAUGUGCUGCCGGAAUCAUUGUGGAAGAAGCCGGUGGUGUAGUCAUUGACACUCAAGGUGGUGAAUUGGAUCUUAUGAGACGAAGAAUAAUAGCGGCAAACAAUAUGUCAGUGGCAAAAAGUUUGUCAAAUGUGAUUGUGGAACAAAUGGAAUUACCUAGAGAUUAAUGUCAGAGCGGUUAAGCCUGAUGAAAAUUUUGGCGGACCACCUUCAUACAAAAGAACUAAGCUUAUGAAAUAAAAGUAUACGCGUUAGGAAAUUCAUGUUGACAUUAUACUAAAAAAUGAAAGUUAUGCUAUUUAAUGCGAGAUCUGUAUUUGUUGGCUGGCCAUCUGUUCCCAUAUUGAAGAUAUGGUCGACACCGACACACGUAACGUGUUUCUUACAUCCAGCCUACCUCGAUUUUGUAGUUAUCAAUAUCGAAAAACCAGGCCUCACAAUAAUAAGAUGUUGGAAAAGGUAACAAUGGCUGUAAGCCUUCUGUCUCUAGUCUGGGUAUUGAUUGAUGUUUGACUUUGUUGGUGUUUAUUUGCCAUAACGAAUUGUUUUAACCCGAUGUGCUUACUUCAUGAUUAUCCUGAUUCUGAAGUAUAGAAUUACCACUGACCGGUUAUCUACGAGCCAGUAGUGGAGCAGUCACGUUCUCAGCGAGAAUCAUUUUGUUCGAGAUCUUAUUCGGACUGAUGUGAGACUUUCAAAUGCAGGCAUAGAGGAAACAAUUGACCCAGCAUUAUUGCGACCUGAUGACAUGGGAAUAGGUUGUGAAGUCAGACAUACUGCUGAAAUGCAUUGUGUUUGUCCGGUUUGCUGUUGGGGGCUGUUUUUUAGUCGUUUCAGUGUAAAACAUUUUAAUACUGGAAAAAAUUAAAUUGAGCACUUCACUUGAAAACCGAAUUCUGUUAAACAUUCUAUAUUGCUCAUCCCUAACUGCUCAGCUCUGUAGUAGCCUAUACACAGAUUUUUCUAUACUGUUUCAUUUUCAAAACUUUGAAUUUUAUUAAUGAAUUGUUGAAUUUUGCUACAAAAAUUGUUAAUCGAUAAACUAUAGUGUAAUUUGCGUACUAAAUAUAUGCAAAGCUUUUUUGUAAUUUGAAAUUGUAGGGUAUAUUAUAUUUUUUGCUCUAUUCAGGUAAUAUAUUAUUAAAUCACAGUUCAAUUUUUUAUGAAUGAAAAAAGCUGCUUUUAUUAUUUUAAUUGUAUUAAAACAAUUGUAUUCAAGAUGCUUAAUUGAUCUGUUAUGCACCAACAUCUGUUUUUUGAUCUUCCCAGUUCUGUUUAUUGGUUAUCUUUUUGAAGUCAUGAAUAGAAUAUGGAAUAAUUUUUGAGAAAAAAAUUAGCAAUAUAUUAUUUGUAUGUAGUAGAUGGUUGAAUCUCAGAUAUAUCAGUGCUUUAAUGUAGGACUAAUUUACUAUAGACACAGACUCCAGGCUACGGGUUUUGAAAAUUUCAGCUUUGAACUCGAAGAAAAUCAAAUUUUGAAAACCAAACACUUUGCAUAUGCAAGCUUUCUGUAAAAGGCCGAUAAAAUUUAUACUCUUCAAGUUUAUCUGGAAAAUUAUGAUUUCUAUCAUCAUCAAAAGUCUGAAAUCCCAACGAUAGGAAAAUCAGAAUUUUGAUUUCAGCUCUGGGAAAAUAUGACUCCAACUUCACAUCCCUAGUAGUGGUAUACAUUGUAGAAUAUUUGUAUAUUAUUUGUUUGUAAUUCUGCUGACUAAGAUUCAUUUCAUUCGAUUAUUCGUCAUUGUUCAAUAAUGUUAAAAAAUUAUAAUUCUGCUAUAUCUGCUGCGCAGUGAGUCAAAUGGAAUUUUUCAAAUCAGAAAUCUAUGUAAGAAUAUUUAGUAUAUGACCCUGGACUGGGUUAAAGUUGGUUGGGUAUUUUAAUCAAUUUGGGAUCUGAUAGUUGCUUUCAGACUUUCUUAUGACUGUGAUGGCAGUUAAAGCAUAGACUUGUUAUGUUAUGGCGCAUCACAGUCCACACAUCGCAGUUUCAGAUCCCAUGCCCCCACCUUACCCAGGGUAAAAAUGGGUAGGCAAAAGCGAACCGGAAAGAUUCUGGUCAUACGAAAUAUAGUAACUGCCCAUGUAUCAGUGCCGCUCAAAGUUAAAUCCUAGAUGCUUUUGAACAAAAUCCUGAUAAGCUACAAAGUUUGUGUGCUUGCAAUAAUAUUUCAUCAUUUUCAUGCAAGAGUCUUUCGGCCACUCUUCUUUAUUUCAUUUAUGCUCUUGGCGUUAGGAAUAAUUGUAUAAAAUUAUAUCCAUGACGCUUUGAUUACUCAGUAACCUAUUUACUCACUUUAUAUUUUGUAUUAUUCAACUAGAUUACUAUAAUAAUGAAUGACGGACACGGGAAUCCUCAGCAAAAUAGAUCAUACUCAACAUUCCCUGGUAAUCUGAUGACAUCUGAUUCACAUUCAUUGCAUGGACAAGAAUGUGAUCCCCCGUUAAUGCAGACAACAGCGUCAUGGGUUCCUGGACAAUCUGCUUUUGAUGAAAUGGACGCUGACCACACUGGGGGUGAUUUUUCAAUUUCAACAUCAUCAGUAUAUUGUCAAUCGAUGUCUCUAUUACAGUCGCCUCCUGCGACACAACGUAGAAGCGAAGGAUUCUCUG